UCCAAAACCAUGAUUAACCUCCCUCAGAGGUCAACCCUCGGCAUCUACAGAGACUGCUUAAAAAUAGUCAGACAUAUCUCCCAAGAGCCCAAGACCAUUCAAAACCUGCAGAAGCACUUCAGGAUGGAAUUCGAGAAGCAGAGACACGUCACUGACAAAGCAGAGCAUGAGAAGUUUAGAGAAGGCAUGAUGAAGUUCUGUUCCAAUUAUCUGUACUACUCUAUCAAGAAAGAUUAUGAAGACAAUAAGAAGUUUUAUGAUACCAAUGGGCUUUAUGAUAGGAAUACGCCUGUUACUUAAGAGGGUCAUAAUGGAUUCGAUGUUG